AUGUAUCAACAACACAUACAAGACGACAUUGCAUUACAACAAGAUUCAAGUUCAUAUGAAUAUGGACAUACAAAAUCAAUGAUUCAGUAUGAUGUAUCGAGACUUGGUAAUAGCAAGCGAAAACAUGUAUCCAAUAAAGAAGGUAUCAAGAAACGAUGUUCUGAUAAAAUACAUACAUUAUUUAAUCCAAACAGAAUGACACCGCCGCCUACACAAGCAUUAGACUCAAGUGAAACAAUACCAAUUGAUCAUAAUGCCGAUGAUAUUCAAGUUGGAAGUGAUGAUGUUACAAAGGUAUCAUUAGUGAAUACUGCUUCGCCAUGCAUACAACGACAAAUGAAUAGAUUCAAUGAUGGACUGAUUCAACAACAAGAUAUUUCACUUAAAGAAAGCAGAAAAGGUAACUAA